UCGACGGUGGGCUGACAUGGAAGGAAGGAAGGAAGGGGGGGAGCUGUAAUGAUACAGCCGUACGUGUAACCAGAGAGCACCAGCUCACUCAGUUCUAUGUGUGUGUGAAAAAGAAAAGAGAGAGGGUGGAAGGGGGGGCCUGAGCUCAGCAAGAACGUGAAGGCAGCAACAUAAGAGGGAGUCGGUGGAUAAAGGCAGAAAGAGAAGGAGAAGCGGCAGCGAAACUGUACCCCCCCCCCCCCCUCCACCUCCAAGCGACCCUGUCCCUCCUUCCUUCCUAGACUGCAAGGCGGUGGCGACGGCCCACAGGAGAGCUGCAAGCGCACAUGCACUGCACACAGUCUGUCUGAGUCGGUCUCGCUCGCGCAACAAAGAGCGGCAUCACAGGCUGAGCGAUCUUCCGCGGACCCAGCAUGAAGAAGAACAACUCGGUGAAGCGGGGUCCCCAAGAUGCGAACCAACCAUCAGCACAACCUGAGAAGAUCGGCUGGAUCCGGAAAUACUGUGGAAAAGGGAUAUUUAGGGAGAUCUGGAAAACCCGCUAUGUGGUGUUGAAGGGGGACCACUUGUACAUUUCAGAGAAGGAGGUCAAAGAUGAGAAGAAAAUCCAGGAGGUGUUUGACCUGUCAGACUAUGAAAAGUCAGAAGAGCUACGGAAAUCCAAGAGGCGAAGCAAAAAGAAUCAUAGCAAGUUCACUUUACUAAGAUCAAAACAGCCCGGAAACACUGUCCCUAACUUGGUUUUUUUGGCUGUCAGCCCUGAAGAAAAAGAGUCCUGGAUUAAUGCUUUGAAUGGAGCAAUCACAAGAGCCAAGAACCGCAUCUUUGAUGAAGUCACUGUAGAAGAGGACAGCUACCUCGCCCAUCCAACUAGGGACCGCGCCAAGAUCCAGCACAUCAGACGCCCACCCACUCGGGGGCACCUCAUGGCUGUGGCAUCUACCUCAACUUCAGAUGGCAUGUUGACCUUAGACCUCAUCCAGGAAGAAGAUUCUUCCUCUGAGGACCAUGGAACAUGUGAACAAAGCUUCCGGGUGGACCUUGACAAGUCAGUAGGCAAGAUGGCAUCAGUGCGACGAAGAUCAGACAGUGAAAGCUCCAAACCACUUGCCCAAGGAAGUGAUGCCAGUGUAGCGAAGUUGGAUGGCCUACUACGGAAGAAUGAAAUUUCCUGGGAAAAAAAGCAGGGUGAAAGCAGACCAUAUACCCCGCAAGUAGUUAAAAAACCUUGCCCAACUGAGAAAAAUAGAUGUGCCUCACUGGAGGAGAUUCUCUCACAAAACGACUCGGGUGUGCAUACGGGGAGUACUACUACCGCGCCUCUGAAACUACUGCAGGAACUUAUUGAUCAGAAACUGGAGAGGACUCAGGAGCUGCUUGCCGAGAUAAAAGUGCAGGAACAUGGACGGAAAGGAAAGGCCAAGGACUUGCCAGCGAGUAAGGCAUUGGACUGUGAAAGCAGCCGUCUAGAGGCAGAAAGGCUUCUUCAAGAGGCUGCCUCUAACUGGGGCCAGGCCAAAGAUGUUCUGGAGGAGGUAAAAGAACUGCGGGCUUUGUAUCGGCAAAUGGACCUGGACAAGACCCAGCCUCUCUCACCAGUGAGAGGAAAGCUUAAGAGCCCCCACCAGAGUCAUUAUAGGAAAAGUAUGAUGUAGUGAAAAAGGACAAAAAGACAAAAAAAGAAAAACAAAAACAGACACAAGGGCACUCUGCCUCAUGGCCUACUUUUCUCUCUUUCUCUCUCUUUCUUGCACUCUUUUAUAUCUGUCUUUUUCUGAAGUGCAAUCCAAGGUACUGUAUAUUUGUUACUAGCUAGUCAUCUCUCUUAAUCUGAGGUUUUUUUUAUUUUAAAAUCACAAACGCUGUUAGCCAGUUGUAUUCAGUCUUCUUACUUUCUCUGUGUUUUUUUUUUUAAUGUUUACUAUGUGCAACAACAGUAUUUUGAAUUUAAUUUACAUGUAGCAGAGGUUAAUGGUGUUAUAGUGGUGUCCAUGCUGGAUCAUCAGCUCUAUUUUGUAAUAAUUUGUAGUCAUUUUUGAAAGUCUUUUUAACUUUUUUUAAUCAUUAUGGCUAGAAAAAAAGGAUUUGGAAAUGCUGAGGACUUUCUGAUGUGUAGUGCUUCAGAUGCAGCGGCUUUUUUUUUUUUUUUUUAAAGUAAAGCUUUUAACUUUCAUAAAAUUACUAGUAAAUAUGUUUAUGUAGCUUGGCUGCCCCAGCCUUUUUACUUAUAAAAGUGCAGACUAAACAAAAAAAAAAGAAAUCUGACAGUCUAAAACGGUAAUCUUGUCUACAGGCUAUCAAAAAAGGACAUCAGUGCUUACAAAUGUGGGUGAGUCCCUUGAGUCUGUCAGGAAGGACGUCUUCUGAAUAUAAGAAAAUCCACUGCACUUCCUAAAGAGGAGACACUGGGGUUCUGUCUCCCAUACUAAGUUGUGAUGCCCCAUGGGGCUUUGAGUGCACAACCAUCUGGUGACCAUCUGAGUCAUUCUAAGUUUAUUAGUGGUGAUCACUUCUCGAGUUGCACAUUGGGGAAUACUGUGAAAUGCCACAAAUUAGCAACAGAUGCUGUCUGCAUGGGCUUGUCCAACAGACAUUUUAUAAUUGCAGUGUCUAGUUAGCCUCCGAGAUCAAUAUUCCCUGGCCAACAGGUGAUAAGAAUAUCCAUGACGGACAAUACCAUUUUAGGCAUGAAAGAUGGGAGAAACUCUCCAGAGUUCCUCUUAUACGUCUUCUAUCUAUUGUUUGUGCUACUUCUAAAAUAAAUGUUGCCAAGAAGAGUGGACAACAAGUGCAAAGUGAGUCCCAUGUCAUCUGUAAAGAGAGUGCGGCCAAUGUGUUACUGUACUUCCAAAUACAAUUUCAGCCUCCUGCAGCUCUUACUUAGUAUGUCUACUGGGGAGGAGAUGGCAUGACAGGUUUACUGUCACAGCCAAACAGCUGUGUGACCGGAUUUAAAAAAAACAAAAAAAAAACUAAAAUGACGUCCAGGUAGCACUUGGCUUCUCUUAAAGGUCAUCUCUGCUGGCAGCCCUUGCUAAUAUCUGGUAGUGUUACAUUAAAAAAAGUCUCAUUCCCAAAUAGUGUGGUCCACUUGGCCUGCUUCUCAUGUCCUCUUGACUGUUUCUAUUUUCUCACAACAUCCACCUCUUGAAAACAAAACAACGAAAGCAGUCGGUGAAGAGGAAAUUGCUGACUACUGAAUAGUGAGAGCUGUCAUUUUUGAUUUAAAAUCUCGUAAUCGGGGAGAAGGUCUAGUCAGCCUCACUCGUUUUUCUUUCUUUCUUUCUUUCUUUCUUUCUUUCUUUCUUUCUUUCUUUCUUUCUUUCUUUCUUUCUUUCUUUCUUUCUUUCUUUCUCCGACUGUCUGUCUUUCAGUACCUUGGGUUGCACAGUUUUUUCCACUCAAUCCUUCCAAAUGCUGUGUUACUUUUCCCAUUUUUUGGGAGGAUGAUGACGAUUAAUAUUUUUUUAAGUCUUUUUAAAUACCUGAUUGCCUUUCUGUGUCUGAGAGGAGCACUUUUUAAAAUCACAGCACAGAGAACAAAACACCACAGAAGAAUGGAGGGAAAUGAUAGAAAAAAAACUAAUGUGGAUUGUACCAUUAAACAAUAAUUGUGUGGAAACGUAGCUGUUGAUUACUGCAGUUUUUGAGCCAAGCAGACAGAGAUAGCAGCCUGACUCCCUGGGUGACGUAGGGAGCUGUGGCACCGCUUGCUUUAAAAGUUGCACCAGUUUGACUCUGUUCAAUGCCCAGUGGGGCUGCCGCUGACAAAUCUUUGAUCACUGGUGAAUGUAAUAGAAGCGGAGAUACUGCUGUGAACUGGAGAGCAGAUUCAGUGUGGGAGAAGUAAGCAGAUUGUGGAACAUUAUGAAAAGUGCUAUUCUUUCCAGUCUUUCUCCAAAACAGAAUGUAUUACAAAUCUCAUUGCCUUUUGAAUUUCUUCCCACUAACAUGCCCCCCUUUUCUAACAUUUAAGCAAUGAAUGUGAAGCUCCGCAAUCUAACUACAGUGUGGUGAAAAAAAUGGCAGACAUUUCCUUCUUCUAAAACUGUUAGUGUUGAAGAAUUAAAGGCUGCUACCCACCAAGCAUCAUGGGACAAGGCACAGUUUUGGAUAGGGAAACACUGUUUUGCAUAGAGAGAAUUCAGGGUUCAGAAAUCAUAAUGUGAUGAAGUCAUCAGCCACCUUUCUAUAAUGGAUUGACUGGAAUGUACCAAAGAAAGACUUUUGGAUAGUGACCAAUAAACUACACUGAAAGCAACCUAUCAGAUACUCUUUAUUGAAAACCAGUGGCAGGCCUAAGGACAUAAAGGUCGCACAUUUUGGACUGUCACCCAGUUGAUGAGGCCACAGUCAGUAGGUUGUUAUUCUUUGAUGAAGAGAAGCCUUAAAGGUUUUGCACACUGAGUAACGACUCAUAAAUAAAGAGUAUCAAGCAGCUUUUUAACAAAAGAGGCAGUUUUUUUGGCACACAUUUAAAUACACUCCCUCAGUAGGUAUUAAUAUACUUUUGCCAACAACUUAACCUUCCAUCUAAUUUUUAUUCAUUUAUUUUUACCCUGUAGUAGAUUCUAAUACUGCUUUUUUCUGUCCACUGCAAUGACAACCCAUCCUUUGCCCAUAACAUUGUGUUUUGUUGCCAAACCAUUUUGCCUAUUUUUCUAGUUAAUGGCGAUUCCCCACUUGCUUUUUAUUUAUGUUUUCACUCCAGUGAAGAAGUUACCAUUGUCAAGUUUGCUCUGAAUUUGCUUCUCGAUGUAGUUUGAAGCACUCCUUGCACUUUUUAAAAAUAAUCAGUCUAAUGAUCAGAUGUGUUAAACACUUCUGUCGCCCCUCUCAUGAGCUGAGCCGCCACUGAUACUGUUUUAUUUUUUUCCUAAUGUAUGCUUUUUUAUUUUGAAUGUGCAGACCUCUUCAAAAGCUUGCUCCUCACCAUCCAUUUUCACAGAAUGCAGAUUUAUAUCGGCUUUAUUCCGGACAGUUAAAUAUUUGUAAUAAAAAAGUAAAAUUUUAAAGCGUGCGUUAUUCGAGAGAUCAUUUGCUUUGCUAGUCAGGAAGGAUAAAGUAUUUAGUUGCACAGUAGGCCAUUUUGGGACUAGUAAAGGACUGUUAGAACAGAUUAGAUAUACUAGUGCACAUAGCACAAUAGGCGAAACACCACAGUUUGGUUUUCUUUGGCAAAGUGGUGGGUGCCCAUAUUUUGCUUCCAGUAACGUGUAGCAAAGUGGGCCUUCCAGCUGAGAACUACUGCUUUGAGAUGGUGCUUCUUAGUAAAGAUGCUAUCUGAUGUGUAAGAUGCUAAAGAUUGGUUGACUGCAUACUUAAGAAAUGCUAAGAGGAUCACCUUCUCAUUAUUUUUGUUCUUUUCACAUUUGCAGCAAAGAAAGCACUUGGUGAGUUGAGACUUUCAGGGGACAUGUAGAUCUGUAAGUUAAGCCUGAUGCUGAAUUUUGACAUGCAUUCAUUGGAUGUUUUCACUUCCAAAUCAUGUGAAGUAGCCAAGUGCAGACGUCUCAUCAUGUCUGAGUUGGUGCAGCCAGUUACUGCUUCAAGUAUUGCAGUAUUCACAAACCAUGUUUCCACACAGAUUUAACACCGAAUACGAGAAAAUGAUGUCAAAACAAUCUUUCUGAGUAUAUUGUCUCUUUUUGGUUUUAACUGUGUCAACAAUCAUAAGAUUUCAGUUUUAUUUGACUUGUUGCAAGUUUGUUUUCAAUGAUGAUGGUCAUAUAAUAUUAGAUUUUUUUUUUAACUGCUUAGAUUACCUGAAGGCACAAAGAUGCAUUCUUAAAAUUUUCUAGGAUGCAAUUAAUUGUAUUUAUUUUGUUGUUUUGGUUUUUUUUUCUUUUCCUCUUUAACUGGAGAACUUGGAACUUGUGAGCAAAUAUUUCCAGCAUUGAGUUGCGUCACCAAAUACAUAAGGGAUGAUAUUGCUUGAAACAUUUGGAAGCUUGUAGUUUACAGAAAUGAAAAAAAAAUGUGUUGCACUGAACUUGUCUUUUAUGUUGCUGUUGAUUGUAAAUGCAGAUUCAGUCAUUGUAAUCUUCAGAGGUGGACAAUUCUGAAGGAAGUCGUUACAUUUCUUUGGUCCUGAAAGUAAACUGGCCAUCAGUGCUGAGUUCACGCAAAGCAGAAUAUUAUCAAGCUGCACUUUCACUUUUAUGUACCUUUACAGUUCUAAAACGUCAUUGAAAUGUAAUGAAUCACGGUGCCAGAGAUGCCACUUUCUCUCAUGGCUAUAAUGCUGUAACACUUUCACAGUGACUUGGCUUUGGGAUAGAAAUGUCAUCGAUUACUUGAUUUCUUCACAGGAGGUGGUGUAGAGUCGUGACACUGAGCCAUUUUUAAAUGUUAAACACAAUACUGCUGUCUGCUUCAGCCCCACAACAAUGUGUGAUUUAAACAACUACGCCAGUGGUGACGUUUGAUCAGACCUUCACACAGUGGGUAUCAGCGGCUUCUUUCCUGCCCUGCAGUUCAUACCAUUCAAAAAGGUGUUUUUUUCUGGCAAUCAAAAAUUGUACUUCUGGACCUGGCCUGAUCUUUAAAAGAGCGGGUCUUUGCCAUUUUGGUAACUAGACAGGUGAAGAGAAGUGAACUUGUGCCAUCAGAAGUCUCUGCAAGGAAUAAAUGGUGGACUAUUCGUUUUUGUAAGCUAUGCCUUCAUUUAAGAACUGUAGAACUAUGCAGAGUUUGUCCUUUACAGUUUCCUUUAAGGUUUAAGUAGAAAAACCCGAUUGAAUUGGCUUCACAGACAAGAUUUCACCUUUUCUUUUUAAUGCCAUAUUAUGUUUGUUGAUUUGGGACAAAUAUGUCCCUUUGCCUUUUUUCUUUCUAAGUUGUUUUAAACAUUCCCAAUUGGCACACACAGCGGCCCAACUUGUUACUAUCUUUCUAUACUCCUGUUUUAAUUAUUCACUAUUGACAUCAUUAAAAAAUUUACCAAACGUUCACAGGAUUGCUAUGAUGGUGAGGUUUGUGGGACACCAGCAUACUUCCAAAAUUUCAGAUUUGUCUACACUGAAGAAUAUUUUGAUUGAAAGAAAAAUGAUAUGAUCUAGUCUUCCUUUUGGGGCAUUUAUAUCCCCUGUUGCUUUUAUGCAUUUAUGCAUUUAAUCCUGUUGUGACAUGAACUGCGAAAAGCAAAUGGACUUCAUGAAAGUGUGGCCCAUUGACCUCUUUUUUUUUUGUCCUUUUUCUUCUAUGGACCCUCUUUCCAUAUCCAAUAUUACUUUGUACCAUUGUUGUUGUUUUCAUUUGGAGAAAAUGCAAGUACAUACAGAGAAGCUGCUAAACAAUUCCCUUGUAUUAAGUUUUCAAAGUUUUAAAUGCAUUUUUAAUUAAAUAAUAGUAAUCUGGA